AUGGAUGUUCCAACGACUAAGUCUCUGGCGGACAUAUACCCAAGCGACGCUCUCGAGAGCCAGAAGACACGAUGGAACAAGCUGCUGAGCAAGUUCAAGGACACAUAUGGCAAGACACCAGACUUUGUCUCGAGAAGCCCAGGCAGAGUGAACAUCAUCGGCGAGCACAUUGAUUACUCCCUUUACGAAGUCAUUCCCAUGGCCAUUACGGCCGACGUUCUCCUCGCAGUCUCAGUCCAUAAGAAAGAGUCCGGACCAAGCACAAUCCACCUUACCAACGUCAACCCCCAGAAGUUCGAGACGCGAUCCUUCGAUAUCCCUGACACUGGCGACGUUCACAUCGAUUCUUCAACACUCGAAUGGACGAACUACUUCAAAUCAGGGCUCUCAGGAGCAACAGAGCUUCUCCGCAAGAAGCAGAAAGAGUUCAAGUCAAGUAUUGGAAUGGAUAUCCUCGCGGACGGAUCAGUACCCUCAGGCGGUGGUCUAUCAAGCAGCGCGGCAUUCGUCUGUGCAAGUGCGUUGGCAGUCAUGAAGGCCAACGGAGAAGAUCGGGUGGAUAAGAAAGAGCUCGUGGAGCUGGCCAUUGUCUCCGAGCGAGCAGUCGGCGUCAACAGCGGAGGAAUGGAUCAGUCGGCCUCGGUCUUCCCACUACAAGGCUCAGCACUAUACGUGUCGUUCGUACCACAACUCUCCGCGAAGAACAUUGCCUUCCCGGAGCUCAAGUCACCACUCACAUUCGUCAUUGCCCAAUCCUUCGUUCAAGCGGACAAGCACACCACUGGGCCCGUCUGCUACAACCUCCGCGUUGUCGAAGUCACACUCGCAGCUCUCGUCCUAUCGAAGAUCUUCCGCCUCAAACAACUCCCAUCAGACGCAGGUCCCCUCGGCAUCAGUCUGCGAGGCUUCCACGACACAUACAUGCAAGAGCGAGAAGGAAUCGCGGACAAUCACAGCGUGCCGAAGGAAGACUUUCAGAAGCAACUUCAAGACCUCAUCGCGAAAGUCGACGAGUACCUCCCACAAACAGAAGGUUACACGCGCGAGCAGCUUUCCGAGAUCACGGGUUUGAGCGUGGCAGAGCUGGAGCAGAAGUACAUGAGCAAAUUCCCAAUCCGCGCGGAGAAGUUCAUGCUCCGACAACGAGCACUCCACGUCUUCAGCGAAGCGAGUCGCGUGCUGAAGUUCAUGGACCUCCUCACUUCCUCGCCGCCGCAAACAGACAAGGAGAACACGGAACUGCUGCAGGCGCUGGGUGAGCUGCUGAAUGAGACGCAAGAGUCGUGUCGCGAUGUAUACGACAACAGCUGUCCCGAGCUCGAUGAGCUGUGCAAUCUGGCGCGUUCGGCGGGAUCGUAUGGAAGUCGACUAACGGGUGCGGGCUGGGGUGGAUGUUCGGUGCAUCUGGUUCCGGAGGACAAGGUGGAGUUUGUGAAGCAGAAGUGGAUACACGAAUACUACAAGAAGAAGUUCCCGGAUAUCACGGAGGAGAAGCUGAGCGAGGCGAUUGUGGUGUCGAAGCCAGGAAGCGGGAGUGCGGUAUUUGAGGUGGAUGGGAGGAGUUCUUUGUGAAAAGCCAACGUUUUUUGAGCGUUCAAGCUGUUGUAUAGCGUCCGGAUAGGGCAAGCAUAGAUGAAAGCAUCGCAAUGGUGUGGCAUAC